AGUUUGACACUUUUGACAGAAAUCAGAAAUGAGCAUAUUGGCCAAUUAGGGCAAAUUGUCUGGAAUUUUCCACAAAAAUUUAAAUCCCGUGGAACAUUGCUUUAAAAAUCUGGAUGUCUCACUGAAUUUUGUGUACUUGUAAUUUAUCCUCUAGUGUCAAGCAGAAAUCUUUUUGAAAUACGUAUUUUUGAUUGUUGUUUCGUUUCAUUUGACAAUUAGAUAUGGCGGCUCCGUCGUCCACCGGUGUUGUCGUACCUCGGAAUUUUCGUCUCUUGGAAGAGCUGGAGGCUGGUCAAAAAGGUGUAUCAGAUGGAACUAUCAGCUGGGGUUUAGAAAAUGAUGAUGAUAUGACUCUUACUCAUUGGAUGGGAAUGAUCAUAGGACCCCCAAGAACACCAUAUGAAAACAGGAUGUAUUCUGUUAAAAUUGAAUGUGGUCAAAGAUAUCCUGAUGAUUCACCAACUGCAAAGUUUAUCUCUAGAAUUAAUAUGAAUUGUAUCAAUAGUACUACAGGAGUGGUGGAUAAUAGACAAGUUCCAGUUUUGGCAAGGUGGCAGAGGGAUUAUACGAUCAAAACAGUUUUGCAAGAAUUACGUAGACUUAUGACUUUGAAAGAAAAUAUGAAACUAACUCAACCACCAGAGGGCAGUUGUUUCUAGCCUUCAAAACAGAAUAAUAUGUACUCCCGAGCACCUUCAGUGAACCCUUGUCCUAUUAGUUUUGAGACUUGCACACUAUUAUAACAGAUGCAAUUUUCAAAAGAAUGAGAUGGAGAUCAGCAGUUACCUUGAGGGUUCUUGAAAGGUUUCCAGCAAUUGUACAGCUUGAACACACUAUUGCUAAAUUUUAUUUAAGUUUUAUAAUCUUGAUUCUGCCAUAAGAUCAUAUCUGUUAAUAGCUGUACUUGCUAAUUUGUAAUUUUAUGUCAAAAUAAAUCUUUUCUCUAGGAUUA